CCGUGUGCGGCUGGUACUGGUACGGAGUGCGAUUAUCAAUGGAACACACACCGUAUCUGGCAACCUGUGAUAAGUUUGUUUAGUGCGGACAAAUUCCAUUUAGUUCGGAAGCAUUCAGUGAUAAGUAGGGGAAUUGUUUUGUAGCAAACAAAAGUGUAAUCGAAGCGAAAUGGCUGACGUUAUGCUGGAGCUAUCGGCCUGGGAAGAUUUGGCCAACAUUCCGGCAGACCCGCCUAGGAUGAGGCCGCUGUGCAGCAAAUGUUGCCGACCCGUGCAAGUGUGCUGGUGUGCCGCUUUACCCCCCGAGCCGCUGAAUCCUGCCGGGCGCAUCGUACUGCUGCAACAUCCGGCCGAAGAGAAGCGAUCGCUACGCACCGCCCCGAUGCUGUCCGUUGGGCUCGCCCCCGGCAAGUGUCUCAUUUACAAGGGCAAAAGGUUCCCCAACACCCGGCACGAUGCGGAGCUGGAGGCGAUCCUGGCCGACAAACGGUCGCUGCUGCUCUAUCCCAGCGCCAGCUCGGUCCCGAUCGAGCAAAUCGAUCCGGCCGGCGGGCCGUACAAUCUGAUCCUGCUCGAUGGCACGUGGCCACAGGCGAAAGCUAUCUACCACUGCUCGACCGCUCUGCAUGGAAUGCGCCAGGUGAAGCUGGUAUCGUCCGGCACGAGUAGCUACAUCAUCCGCACCCAGCCGACCGAAGGCUGUCUCAGCACGCUGGAAACGGCUAUCCAGGCGCUCAGCGCGCUCGAACGCGACGACCGAUACCGGGAGCAGCUGCUCCAGCCGCUGCACGUGCUCUGCCAGUACCAGCUCGCCAACGGGGCAGUCACGCACCAGUCGAAAGAGUUCCUGAUCCGCCACAACCAGUACCCGAAGCUGAUCGGGCGGCGGUUGAAUCGGUUGCUGAAGCACGCGGACAACUUUAAGGACGACCCAUCGGACGGGACGGAACGGAAGCACUCGACGUAGAAAUAGGGACAGAACUCUUUACCGCGGUAAAUCCAGCAUCAGAACACGAUGAUUUUACUUUUUUUUAAAUCAUUUUAUUAUACCACUUUGUAUUGUACUGAUUUCGUAACAUAAAAUAGAGCAUAGCUUUAUUAUGUGUA